GUCUGUUCCACCUCGGGCUAUAAGAAGGCGGAUGAUGAGAUGUCCGGAGCCACGUCCGCGGCGGAUCUGGACGAGGCACCAGCCCGCACCAUUUACUUGAACCAGCCCCAGCAGAGCAAGUUCCGCGACAACUGGGUCAGCACAGCCAAGUACAGUGUGGUGACGUUUCUACCUCGAUUCCUGUAUGAGCAGAUAAGAAAAGCUGCAAAUGCAUUCUUCCUCUUCAUUGCCUUACUGCAGCAAAUUCCAGAUGUCUCUCCAACAGGAAGAUAUACCACCUUGGUGCCAUUGCUAUUUAUUUUAACAGUUGCUGGCAUCAAAGAAAUCAUAGAAGACUAUAAAAGGCAUAAGGCAGACAGUGCAGUGAAUAAAAAGAAAACAGUAGUUCUAAGAAAUGGCAUGUGGCAGAACAUUAUGUGGAAAGAGGUAGCUGUAGGCGAUAUUGUGAAGGUCACCAAUGGGCAGCAUCUUCCAGCAGACAUGAUCAUAAUAUCUACCAGUGAACCACAAGCCAUGUGCUAUAUUGAAACAGCUAAUCUUGAUGGGGAGACGAAUCUUAAAAUACGACAGGGUUUGUCUCAAACUGCUAGUCUCCAGUCCAGGGAAGAGUUGAUGAAGGUGUCUGGAAGGAUAGAAUGUGAAGGACCCAACCGCCAUCUCUAUGACUUCACUGGAAACUUGCGCUUAGAUGGUCAAAGCCCAGUUCCUGUUGGUCCAGACCAGAUCUUGCUGAGAGGUGCACAACUGAGAAACACUCAGUGGGUCUUGGGUAUUGUUGUGUAUACAGGACAUGACACCAAACUCAUGCAGAAUUCAACCAAAGCACCUCUGAAGAGAUCAAAUGUGGAGAAGGUGACCAACAUGCAGAUCCUGGUUUUGUUCUGUAUUCUCCUGGUAAUGGCCCUUGUGAGUUCUGUAGGUGCCUUAUUAUGGAACAGAACACACGGCGAAGUCGUCUGGUACCUUGGCUCCAACAAAAUGCUGUCUGUCAACUUUGGAUACAAUCUGCUGACGUUUAUAAUCUUGUACAACAACCUUAUUCCAAUCAGCCUUCUGGUGACAUUGGAAGUUGUCAAGUUUACUCAGGCUCUUUUUAUAAAUUGGGACACUGAUAUGUAUUACCCUGAAACAGAUACACCUGCAAUGGCCAGAACCUCAAACCUUAAUGAGGAACUUGGGCAGGUAAAAUACCUGUUUUCUGAUAAAACAGGUACUCUAACAUGCAAUAUCAUGAACUUUAAGAAAUGCAGUAUUGCUGGAGUGACAUAUGGUCACUUUCCUGAGUUGGAAAGAGAACGUUCAUCAGAAGACUUCAGCCAGCUACCUCCUUCCACCAGUGAAUCAUGUGAAUUUGAUGACCCAAGACUGCUGCAAAACAUUGAAAAUGAUCAUCCCACAGCUGUGCAUAUACAGGAGUUCCUCACGCUGCUGGCCGUGUGUCAUACUGUUGUUCCUGAGAGACAAGGAAAUACAAUAAUCUACCAGGCCUCCUCUCCAGAUGAAGGAGCAUUAGUGAAAGGAGCAAAAAAACUUGGUUAUGUCUUCACAGGACGGACUCCCCAUUCUGUUAUCAUUGAUGCGCUGGGGAAAGAGAAAACCUUUGAAAUUCUUAAUGUGCUGGAAUUUUCCAGCAACAGGAAGAGAAUGUCAGUGAUUGUUCGAACUCCGGCAGGACAGCUACGUCUCUACUGCAAAGGGGCUGAUAAUGUAAUUUUUGAGAGGCUUUCAAAAGAUUCCCAGUAUAUGGAACAAACACUGUGCCAUCUUGAAUACUUCGCAACGGAAGGUCUGAGGACGUUGUGCAUUGCUUAUGCUGAUCUGUCAGAGAAGUCUUACAGAGAGUGGUUGAAUGUCUACAAUGAAUCCAGUACGGUUCUGAAAGACAGAACUCAGAAGCUAGAGGAGUGCUAUGAGAUCAUUGAAAAGGAUUUGCUGCUUCUUGGAGCUACAGCCAUUGAAGACCGCCUGCAAGCAGGUGUUCCAGAAACAAUAGCCACACUAAUAAAGGCAGAAAUUAAGAUAUGGAUUCUGACAGGUGACAAACAGGAAACAGCUCUCAAUAUAGGGUACUCUUGCAGACUCAUUUCACAGAGUAUGUCUCUCAUCCUGGUCAAUGAAGAUUCACUAGAUGCAACAAGAGCUUCUCUGACUCAACAUUGUACCAGUCUGGGGGAGUCACUGGGCAAGGAAAAUGAUAUUGCCCUGAUUAUUGAUGGCCACACACUGAAGUAUGCCCUUUCAUUUGAAGUCAGGCAGAGCUUUCUAGACUUGGCACUUUCCUGUAAAGCAGUCAUUUGUUGCAGAGUAUCUCCUCUACAGAAGUCUGAAAUAGUAGACAUGGUCAAGAAACACGUCAAUGCCAUAACACUUGCCAUUGGGGAUGGUGCCAAUGACGUAGGAAUGAUCCAGACAGCUCACGUUGGAGUGGGGAUCAGUGGUAAUGAGGGCAUGCAGGCAACCAAUUGCUCGGAUUAUGCCAUUGCACAGUUUUCCUACUUGGAGAAGUUGUUGUUGGUCCAUGGUGCUUGGAGUUACAAUCGAGUUACCAAAUGCAUACUGUACUGCUUCUACAAAAACGUGGUUUUGUAUAUUAUUGAGCUUUGGUUUGCUUUCGUUAAUGGAUUUUCUGGGCAAAUCUUAUUUGAGCGAUGGUGCAUCGGUCUGUAUAACGUGAUUUUCACAGCACUGCCACCCUUUACUCUGGGAAUUUUUGAACGAUCAUGUACUCAAGAUAGCAUGCUUAGAUUUCCACAGCUAUACAAAAUCACUCAAAAUGCAGAUGGCUUCAACACAAGGGUUUUCUGGGGUCACUGCAUCAAUGCCCUUAUCCAUUCCAUCAUUCUUUUCUGGUUUCCACUGAAAGUGCUGGAGCAUGAUGCAGUAUUCACAAAUGGACAGGGAGUUGACUAUUUAUUUGUUGGAAACAUAGUUUAUACUUAUGUUGUAGUCACUGUUUGUCUGAAAGCCGGCUUGGAAACAACUGCAUGGACUAGAUUCAGUCACCUGGCGGUCUGGGGAAGCAUGCUGCUCUGGCUGGUGUUCUUCGGGGUAUACUCGGCCAUCUGGCCCACGUUCCCCAUCGCGCCGGACAUGCUGGGGCAGGCUGGAAUGGUGUUAAGAUGUGGAUACUUCUGGUUUGGCUUGUUUCUUGUGCCCACUGCGUGCCUUGUUAAAGACGUGGCAUGGACAGCGGCGAAGCAUACCUACCGUAAAACUUUGCUGGAGCAAGUUAAGGAGUUGGAAACAAAGACAAGAGAGCUGGGAAAAGCCAUGCUUCGUGAUAGUAAUGGAAAGAGCGUGAACGAACGUGACCAUUUGUUAAAAAGGCUGGGCAGGAAAACUCCUCCGAGCCUUUUCCGUGCUCAUUCUGUCCAGCAAAGUGUAUCACAUGGGUAUGCAUUUUCUCAAGAAGAACACGGUGUUGUUUCCCAGUCGCAAGUUGUUCGAUCCUACGAUACAACCAAAAGGAGAACAGAAAUAGAAUAAAUUAUUCUUUACUUGACAGGUGGUGGGAAUAAUGGGAUUUGGAUCAAUGCAUCCACUGUUAACACAUUCUUGACUAGGUUUGGUGGCAGCAGCCAAAACACCAGAGAACUAAUUUCUGUGGCCUUAGCCAACAAGUUUCUGUAUUCUCCCUGCAAACCUUGAGUGCAUAUUGUGGGGGGAAAUCAUUGUUUGACUCAGUCGCAAAGCUCUCUGCCUAAAGUUUUGUUUAUGUUGUUAUGAAGCAUUUGACUGUGCUAUGUGAGGUGUGAAAUUAAAAACAAUGUUUUACCACUAUCUAAAACAUCAGCAUAAGGUUGUUCUGGGGGAAAAGUAGAAAAUGUAUGUUCCAUGAGAAGUCAGCCUUUGCUUAAUUGGAACGGGGUGCUGAGAUUUCCUGUUUUCUUACACACAGACCAAGUGCACACAACUGCAUGCAGACUUUACUCCUUCUUGUAUUCACUGUUUACUAAUUUGGCUGAAAUUUUCAACAGACCAUUUGGAGUGAAA